GCAUCAAUCCUCCACAAUCAGUUGUCCUACAUUCAGCACUAGUUUGAUAUGUUGUGCUUUGAGGAAGGAUGUGACUCAUAAGUCGGCGCAGUCAAUCAAUCUAUCGAUGGAGUGCAACGUGCAUGCAAUGUGGUAGGACAUGGUGCGGUGCGCUGCUCACGGCGGCGCGUUUGUUGACAAAGUGUUGAGCGGGCGCGUGCGCCGGGGGCGGUGACGGGGCGACUAGGGGCGGUUGGUAGCGGGGGCGGUGGUUUAUGGAGAGGCAGUCGACAGUCUGCUGGUGGUAGCUUGCGAGUGCUGAUGAUGGCGCCUUUGCGCCUGCCACUAGCCGAGGAAGGCUCUGCCGCCGCCUUCGGCCUUAACGUCACCCGCCGCCUCCGCAUGGACCCUGCCGCCUCCAACAUGAGCGAGCCCUUCUGGCAUGACGCCCUCUACCGUCACUCGCUCGGCAUGUCCGUCGUGUUCUGCGCCGCCUACCUGAUUGUCUUCGUAGUUGGUCUGGUGGGCAACGUGUUCGUCAUAGCCGUCGUCUAUCGGUCGCCCCGGAUGCGGACCGUCACCAACUUCUUCAUCGUGAACCUGGCCAUCGCGGACAUCCUUGUCGUCGUCUUCUGUCUACCGGCCACACUCCUUUCCAACAUCUUCGUCCCUUGGAUUCUUGGGUGGUGGAUGUGCAAGACGGUGCCCUAUGUGCAGGGAGUUUCUGUCGCAGCAUCCGUCUUCUCUCUCAUCGCCGUCUCAAUUGACAGGUUCCUGGCGAUCUGGUACCCGUUGAAAUGUCAGAUCACGACGCGGCGGGCACGCACGAUAAUCGCCGUGAUUUGGCUGGUGGCGGCCACCACCACCCUCCCCUGGGCCCUCUUCUUCGACGUGGUCAUCUUCAGCGAGGAGCCCGACGUGCCCAUGUGCGUGGAGGUGUGGCCCGACUACCUCAAUGGCAACCUCUACUUCCUGUUCGCCAACCUCAUCAUGUGCUACAUCGUGCCCAUGAUACUCAUUUCGCUCUGCUACAUUCUCAUCUGGAUCAAAGUGUGCAAACGCCACAUACCCAGCGACACCAAGGAUGCGCAGAUGGAACGCAUGCAGCAGAAGAGCAAGGUGAAGGUAGUGAAGAUGCUGGUGGCAGUGGUGAUCCUGUUCGUGCUGUCGUGGCUGCCGCUGUACGCGAUCUUCACGCGGAUCAAGCUGGGCGGCGACCUUGACGUGUGGGAGACCAAACUGUUCGUGGUGCUGACUCCAGUGGCGCAGUGGCUGGGCAGCUCCAACUCCUGCAUCAACCCGAUCCUCUACGCCUUCUUCAACAACAAGUACCGGCGCGGCUUCUCGGCGAUCCUGCGCAGUCGCCAGUGCUGCGGUACGCUGCGUUACUACGACACAGUCGCUAUGGCCAACUCGUCGUCGGCCUCUGUUCGGAAGUCGUCCUGCUACGUCAACGGAAACAACCCGUCGGUGCGUCGCCAAAUCAUGCACCAGGCCUCACAGGACAGCGCUGUCUCCUACAUAUCCAACAACACCGGAGUGUAGGACCUCACCGCAUUUGUCCGUUGGUUUUAACUCAGUCGUUGUCCGACGAUGACGCAUGCCGUCAAGACAUGCGGAUUUGUCUGUUGGUUUUAACUCUGUCGUUGUCAGACGUUGACGCUUGCCGUCAAGACAUGCGCAUUGUCACUCAUUUUGUCGUUUUAGACAAUGUCAUUCACCUGCCGUCAAGACAGACGCAUUUGUCACCCGGUCGAGUUUCACAGACAUACACACGACUCGAAACAGGGUAAAACCGGAGUAGAUAUGCGAAAAUUCUAGAACACGCGGUAGAAUCAUUGAGAAAAGUAGGAGAAGGGAGAUACCGAGGUAUAACAGCAACCAGGUCACUAAUUAUGGGAAGAAAGAGAGCUUGUAUCAAGCAUAAACAUCCAUUUACACACAACACACAAUUACUAACACAUCAAUAUGCACAUACACACACACACAUUCACACAUUACAGGAACAGAUAAUUUAAUACAAAAUCUAAUACUGGGCUGAAUAAAUAAAAUUCACGUAUUCUAAUCUCAUUUAUCUUGAUUGAACAUUAUUCAUAUCGGAAUUUGUUAGCUUAUUGAAAAUCGUCAGUAUGAUAAUUGAAAAUUUAAUUCAAAUUACAACAUCUAUCAAUAUCAAAAUUCAAGCAGAAGUUAGCAAGUGACAAGCAUAUUGAUUGGAUAUCCAUUAUCAUAGAUAUUUGCAACUUGAUUUUCUUUAAUCAUCAGCUUUGCAAAACAAUUUUAUGCCACAUUCAUUGGUUGUGGCAAAAUAAGUAUACUUCUAUAACGUUUUGUGUCUGCAAUGAACUUUCUUAUGUGCUUUAUAAAAGUUUAGUGCCUGUUAAUAUCUUGAGUGGUGACUUUUAUGAUUAUAUUCUACUCUGACUUCAUCUCAUCCAUCAGGAUGAUACUGAAAUAAAAAUUUAGAAGAGAGCUCUGGUGAUUCAGUUUAAUUGCUAAACCAUAGAGCAGCAAGUAGGAAGCUGUUAUUGUUCAGUAGUCAGUUUUUGGUAUGUAAUAGUAAUAAAAUGAUAAUACUAAGAUAUAAUAAUUUUUGUAAGGCUUCAUAUUACCGUAUUAUAGAUCGUGUAAGUAGUCGCUGAUGAAACUCUAAACCGUUUCUCAUAAUUAUCGCACAUUUGAAGCUAUUAGCAUUUUAUUUUUAUACUCAUGUGAUGAAACCACAUUAAAAUAAUUGAGUAGUUUACUUAUUGAUAACAUACUAUGUUUGAAGUGUUUGCCUCGUUUGAAGCAUUCGAUUACUUUGACUAAGUAUAAUAAUCUAUACAUACAUGGUAUUGUAUUGUAAUUUGAUAUUCAGCUCAAAUAACGAGUAUAAGCUGGACAUUUUUGAACGCAUGCGAACCACCUAUACCAGUUUUCAAAUAAUUAUAAAUAAGAAAAUCACUUGUUGACAUGCAUAGAGGAAUAUUUUAUUUGUCGUUUUGGUGUCUAAUAUAAUACUUUACAUGUUAUGCAAGACAUUUAGAGUAAAGCGCUAAAUAGAAUAAUAUUAACCCUUGCAGUUAUUGGUUCAUGUUGGAAUUAAUAGUUAUUGUUCUUGUUAUAGAUCAAUCGAGUAAAAAAAAUGAUGAAUUGAGAAAUAUUCUCUAUCGAAUCUGAUAGAGUACUGAACGAUAAAAUAAUGGUACAUCAUAAACGUGUUAAUGAAAUAAAUAGGUUUUGUACAGCAUGAGAUAUUGACAGCGGUACGGUACGGAAAAGUAAGUUUGUGAAGCCAAAUUCAAAUGUUCAUUAUAAAUAUAUACAAUUAGGUUACUUCAAGAAGAUAACUUGAAAAUAGUACGGUAAAGUAGAGGUAAUUAAUCAGGAAAUAAAUUCCUGGGGAAUAUUAAUUCUCCACAUUUAUUCAAUUUUAUUUGCUUCAAAAACAAAGAUUAAUCCGUUGUUGGUUAUCCCUUUGAUUUUCACUAUUAUUAUUAGGUACUAUCGUAUUUCAUAAAACUUGAAAGUGAAAAACACUCACGUUCUUUGGUGUGGUGACGACCGUUUCGUGCUCGUGUUGCACAUUUUCAAGCCAAACAGAAACGGUCUUUUUUCACUUUAAAGUGUUAUGAAAUACAAUAGUAAUAAGAUUAAUCACUAGAGCCCUUCAAAUUAUGAAAUGUUUAGAAUUUGAAUUAUCAUUAAUGAUAAAAUUAUUGUUCUACAUGUUUCUUUUAGCAUUAUAAAGAUGCCAUUCUUCAAGGGAUUUCAUCUUAGUUGUGAUUUGAGAGAUUGAAUCUUAUCAUGUUACUGUAGAGGAAAGCCUUAGCGGCAAGUACAAUUUACAGUUGCAGAAUAUUAUUGAGUUUUGAAUUUCUAUUAAUCAGAAUUUGUCUCACCUAUUAUCCAUGUUCCAAAGCUAGGAUUCUUGAAAUACAUUUAGAAUUUGGAAACCCAGCUAUGAUCAAGGAUUAUUUUUAAACAACGUUUUAAAAUAAUAGAA